AUGUCCAAUUCAAGAAGAACCCGACUCGAGGAAGAACAAGAAUUUGAUCGGAGCUUGGAACGAGUGGAUGAUCAUCAAACAACACCAACAUCUGGAUUGGAUGCUCAUCAUCAUUAUGAUCGUUCUACAACAGCAAAUUUAGAAGGUCAAGCCUUUGUUAAUAAACGAUGGGUCGGAUGUUUGGUCUUUGGAUUGGCUUGUGUGAUGAUUGCCAUCAUGAUCAUUGUGGUAUUUGUAUUUUCCAUACAAGCCUCGUUAAAGGAUUCCUAUGAUUCAAAAUAUUCAAGCUCCUUGAUGCAAAUUUCUACUCUUGAUACAAGUAAUACAGCCUUGAUGGUGGAAGUAUACUCUGUCGGAGCGAGAAGAAGAAUGUUGUUGAAUUACAUGUCAUCUUCCAGUGAUAAAAAAUCAGCAAAAAGAAAACCACUAAAGGGACAAAUGCAUUUGGAAACAGGUUUAUUGGGAAAUACAAAACCUACCUUGUUAUUUGUAAAUCCAUUCCCAGAGAGUUGUUUAGGAGCUUUUGUUCCAGUCAUUCAUGAACUAAUGGUUGAUUUCAAAAUUAAUUGUGUGAAUUUACGAGGUUUUGGAAAUACUCGACAAGCCAUGAACAGUAAUGGUGGGCACAUUGGUGCCAAUCAGACAACCUUAUUCACAAAUAUGGCUAAAGAAUUAGCAUCCAUUGUAGAAAAACAACAACCUGAAGAGUCUAUCAUUUUGAUUGGACAAGAAUUUUCUGGAACAAUUAUUUAUUUAAUGUUACAAGAAAAGGGAAAGGAAUGGGUUGAUGACCAUUUGGAAGGAGUUAUUCUAUUGAACAGUCCACACCCUAAAAUAUUUACAGAUCUAUUGAAAUCCAACUCAAAACAACAACAAUUGUUUAAACCUAUAUUGACGUUUUCAACUUUAAGUCAGUGGGCUUCAAUUUACUAUGACGAUGGAAAGAAUGAAACUGAACUUGCCAAAUUUGCAAAAAGUGAAUGGAGUGAAUCUGGUCACUUUACCAUUAUCAAACAAUAUUUAUCUAGCAAUUUUAAGGAAUCAGUAGGUGAAAAUAUGACCUUUUCUUUUCCAACCAACAUGAAAACAGAUUUAGAAGAUUUGUUAAAAGGAGACAAAAUUCUUGUCAUAUCUUCGAGUGAUCAUCCAUACUAUGUAUAUCCUGAAAAUAUUUUACCUCUGGAGGAUAGCGUCACCACCAAAGAGGUCAAGGGUGGAAUUUGGUAUGCAAGAAAUAACCCAUUGGAGAUGGCAGAAAUUGUUAGAAACUUUGUCUUUAAAAUCAUUUCUGAAGAUGCAAAAGAUGAUUAA